GGGCAAGUUUCUGGUCCCUUCCCCGGGGCUGCCGCAAUUUCCAUUAAUAGCCAGCUGAGCAGCCCGGCUAAAAAUAACCCCGGGCCCUCUUCAUAAGGCCGGGCCGGCCGCCCCCCCCGGCAGCCCCGCACGCCAUGGCCGAGCGCCGCGUCCCCUUCACCUUCCUGCGCAGCCCCAGCUGGGACCCCUUCCGCGACUGGUACCAUGGCAGCCGCCUCUUCGACCAGUCCUUCGGGAUGCCGCACAUCCCCGAGGAUUGGUACAAGUGGCCCAGCGGCAGCGCCUGGCCCGGCUAUUUCCGCCUGCUGCCCCGGGAGAGCGCCCUGAUGCCGGCGCCCGGCUCGCCCUUCGGGCAGGCGCUGAGCCGGCAGCUCAGCAGCGGCAUCUCCGAGAUCCGCCAGACCGCCGACAGCUGGAAGGUCACCUUGGACGUGAACCACUUCGCACCCGAGGAGCUGGUGGUGAAAACCAAGGAUAAUAUCGUGGAGAUUACCGGCAAACACGAGGAGAAGCAGGAUGAACACGGCUUCAUCUCCAGGUGCUUCACCCGAAAAUACACCCUUCCCCCUGGUGUCGAAGCCACAGCCGUGCGGUCCUCGCUGUCUCCCGACGGAAUGCUGACGGUGGAGGCUCCCCUGCCCAAACCUGCCAUCCAGUCUGCCGAAAUCACCAUCCCCGUCACCGUGGAGAGCCAGGCCAAGGAGCCGGCCAAGAAGUAGGCGGCACCGAGGAGGAGGAGACGGAGGAGGAGGAAGAGGAGAAGCCGCCGCUGCUAUCCCCCGCCCCCAGCUGCUCCCUCACACCCACCCCCUUUUUACUGUUGAUUUUGUACUCGCCCUGCCACUGAGUGCCUUGAAUAAAUGUGAAGGAACCGACAGAAUCAGCCAGAAUAAAAGCUGGUGAAAGAAA